AUGCCUUUAUAUAUUCUUUCAAAAGAGCAUGAAUUAAAUGAAAUUAUUCUUGAACGACGUUUAAAUAUUAUUGUAUUUACUGUAUGUUGGUCACUUGGUUCGAAAAUAAUUUUAUCAACUAUAUUCGAUUUAUCAUAUGAGAAAAAUUUAACUCAUAUAAAUUUUUAUCGUAUCGAUAUUAAUGAAAAUAAUCAUGAAUUAAUUCAACAUUUGAAUAUAAUAACAAUUCCUACUAUUCAAUGGUAUUUUCAUGGAAAUAAAUUAGAUGAAAUAAUUGGUCUUGAUAUUGAACAAUUUAUAAACAAAACACAGCAUUUAGCAAUGAUUUAUAAACGUAAAACAAUUAAAGAAACAUCAAAAAUAAAAUUAAUGUCUUCUACAGAUGAAAAUACUAUUAAUGAAUACAACGAAAAAAAGUCUUCAUGA